AGUGAUAAUUAAGACUUCAUAUUUGCAAAUUUGUUAAUUGGGUUGUGAUUUUAGUGAAAGAAGGGUUUAGUUGUUGAGUAGCGCUUUAGGUCAGCGUCUUCCCUAUCCUUUAGCGCACAGCAUUUGAGAUCGACCAACCUCAACACUCUGCUGCUUUUCGGACCAUCCUCCACUUUCACUUUCACCUUCACCUUCACCCAUGAGCUGCUGAUUCUGUGGCUUGGAGAAUACAAACAUACUAGUAGUGAUACUGUGUAGCACUAAGGACAGAGAUUUCAUAUAAUGAUUUUGUCUGGAUUGAGUGGCAAACCCUCAAAAUGUUGUCUUCUGAGACCUAGUGCGAGGAUUCCACGUGAGCUGGUUUCAUCUUUUUCCAAUGGGAACUUUAGAGAAAAUAUUGAUUUGCAAUAUCUUAAAAGAAGUUGCUGGACGGGUCCUGCCCUUAGAUGUAAAACUCUCCAGAUUCGACACACUACUAAGUGUGCAUUUGAUGCUUCUCCCGAAGAUUUUGCAAAUGAGUCUACCGCUGUAUUCCCUCGAAUUAAUGUAAGGGAUCCAUACAAACGGCUUGGUAUAAGUAAGGAAGCAUCUGAAGAUGAAAUUCAAGCUGCCAGAAACUUCCUUAUCCAUAGAUACGCAGGGCACAAAGAAAGUGUUGAUGCCAUUGAAUCAGCUCAUGAUAAAAUUAUUAUGCAAAAGUUUUAUGACAGAAGGAACCCUAAAAUUGACAUCAAGAAAAAGGUGAGGGAAGUCAAUCAGUCUCGGGUUGUGCAGGCGAUAAGGAGCAGGUUCCAAACACCGUCUACAAAGUUCAUAAUCAAGUCAUCAAUUGCAUUCUUAGUUCUUGGAGUUCUCACCAUUCUCUUUCCAACCGAGGAAGGUCCAACCCUUCAGGUUGCUAUAUCACUUAUAGCUACUUUCUAUUUCAUACAUGAUCGAUUGAAGAGCAAACUCCGAGCAUUCCUUUAUGGGGCUGGAGCUUUUAUCUUCUCAUGGCUUGUGGGAACCUUUUUGAUGGUAUCUGUGAUUCCCCCAGUAAUCAAAGGACUGAGAGGCUUUGAAGUAACUACUUCAUUAAUAACCUAUAUCUUACUAUGGGUUUCAUCUACAUAUUUAAAGUAGCAACGCAAAGUUUUUCUUCUAUUGUGAGAUUCCAAUUUUGCUGCGGCUGAGCUUGUGAUUCAGUGUUCUGCUUCCUUGCCCCUUGGGUCGGUUAAUGGAGAAGAUAGUUGAAAUUGAAAGGGUUCUUUGUUUUAGAAUUGACGAGAAUUGAAAAGGAUGUAAACUAUUACAGUUUGGAAACUAUAGGUUAGCUGUUUGUUAUUAUCUUUACUUCAUCUUUUGUGACAAUGAUAAUCCUUCUUGUGCAGUAUUUUGAAAACGCAAAGCGUAUUGAGCUGCAAUAACCUUCUUUUUUUUGUUUUGGGAGUUCGGUUCGACAUUAUGAACUUAAGCAA